CGGGGGGCGGGGACAAUAUACUGCAGCUGUCCAUGGUUGGGUUUGGUGGGUGCGCACGGUUCUCUGGGAUGCAACCAUAAUCACAUACCGUUAUUAUAUCUCUCUGGAUCAUUUCCCUAUACAGUGCAUCAAAACCAACUACAAGAGGGUAGGCCUACUGGAGUCAGGGAACCCCUGCUGACAGUGCACCAAUUUGGAGUGGCGGUAGGGAUAAGAUUGUGAAGGACGUGAGGCAUCAUGGCAGCUCAUGAACAGGCGAGGCAGCGCUCACUCUCCACCUCUGGUGAAUCACUCUACAUUGUGCUUGGCAUUGACAAGCUAGCCACUCCCGACGAUAUCAAGAAAUCCUACAGAAAACUUGCGUUGAAAUUCCACCCUGAUAAGAACCCAGAUAACCCAGAAGCUUCUGACAAGUUUAAGGAGAUCAACAAUGCCCAUGCCAUUCUGAACGACCCCACAAAGCGGAACAUCUAUGACAAGUACGGCUCCCUGGGACUGUACGUGGCUGAGCAGUUUGGCGAGGAGAACGUGAACACCUACUUUGUUCUGUCCAGCUGGUGGGCUAAGGCGUUGUUUGUGUUCUGUGGCCUUGCCACUGGCUGCUACUUCUGCUGUUGUCUGUGUUGUUGCUGUAACUGCUGCUGUGGGAAGUGUAAACCGCGGCCCCCAGAGGGCCAGGAGCCCGACUUCUAUGUGUCCCCUGAGGACCUGGAGGCCCAAAUGCAGUCUGACGAGAGAGAGGGUGGCGGCGAAGCCAUCUUGGUGCAGCCAUCAGCGACAGAGACCACCCAGCUGACAUCAGAUGGUCACCAUUCCUCCUACCAAACCGACAUGGGCUUCAACUAAACCCCAUCCCUGUCCUGGCCUGCUACCCUGCCCCACCUUAAAAGGAUGAUAGGGGCAAUCUGUUUUAACUUCACUAAGAGCGCCAUGUCCUGGAGAGGAGAUGGAGGAGCGAGCUUGGCCUACAUACAAAACUCUUGAAGACCCCCCCCCCAUUUCCACCCUCUCCAGAAUGGUCCACUCUCGCCUCUUAUGUAGGAAGAAAAGGAAAGAAAUGGUUUGCUUCCUGUCCUUUUGUUCUUUUGUAUUCUUUUGGCCUUUGACCUCACAAUCCUCCAUCCCCACAGUCCCCUUUCCAUAUUCAGUGUGAUGGUGUAGCAUGCACUGAGAAAAAAAAUAUUUGUUUUCAUUUGUUGAAUGUGACAUUUGUUGUGUUUUCCGAAUUCUGUUGGUGCAUAGGUAUGUGCAAUACGUACAGACCAGUCAAAAGUUUGGACACACCUACUUAUUCAAGGGCUUUCCUUUAUUUUGUCUAUUCUCUACAUUGUAGAAUAAUUGUGAAGACAUUAAAACUGAAAUAACACAUAUGGAAUCAUGUAGUAACCAAAAAAGUGUUAAACAAAUCAAAAUCUAUUUUAUAUUUGAAAAUCUUCAAAGUAGCCACCCUAUGCCUUUAUGACAGCUUAGACCAGUGGAAAUCUGUCCUUUGGUCUGAUAAGUCCAAAUUUGAGAUUCUUUGUUCCAACCACCGUGUCUUUUUGAGAUGCAGGGUAGGUGAACGAAUGAUCUCUGCAUGUGUGGUUCCCACCGUGAGGCAUGGAGAAGGAGGUGUGAUGGUGCUUUUCUGGUAACACUGAUUUAUUUAGAAUUCAAGACAUACUUAACCAGCAUGGCUACCACAGCAUUUGGCAGUGAUAUGCCAUCCCAUUUGGUUUGCACUUAGUGGGACGAUCAUUUGUUUUUCAACAGGACAAUGACCCAACACACUUCCUGGCUGUGUAAGAUAUAUUUGACCAAGAAGGAGAGUGAUGGAGUGCUGCAUCAGAUGACCUGGCCUCCACAAUCACCCGACCUCAACCCAGUUGAGAUGGUUUGGGAUGAGAUGUACCACAGAGUGAAGGAAAAGCAGCCAACAAGUGCUCGGCAUAUGUGGGAACUCCUUCAAGACUGUUGGAAAAGCAUUAAUCAGGAAGCUGGUUGAGAGAAUGCCAAGAGUGUGCAAAGUUGUCAUCAAGGCAAAGGGUGGCUACUUUGAAGAAUCUCAAAUAUAACAUAUUUGGAUAUGUUUAACACUUUUCUGGUUACAACAUGAUUCCAUAUGCGUUAUUUCAUAGUUUUGAUGUCUUCACUAUUAUUCUACACUGUAGAAAAUAGUACAAAUAAAGAAAACCCCUUGAAUGAAUAGGUGUGUCCAGACUUUUGACUAGUACUGUAUUUGUGAGUGUGAUUCCUUUGGGGUACAGAUUACUUGAUGUUUUUUGCUCACUGAUAAGAGAGGCUCGGCUCAGGGAGUUCUGGAUUGUGAGGUGUUUUGCUGUUCAUUGUCUUUGCUUCAUGCUGGAGUAAUCAUUACACAUCCAAGGUUUGAGCUACACAAUGCUCAGUUUGGAAUUGCCAUCAGCUGAUGCCAGUUAUAAACAUACAGCUCCUUUCCUUCAUCUCCUUUUAAACCCUUGGACUCCUGUUUACCUGUGUUUGUGCCCUUCCAAGUGCAUUGUGGUUAUGUUGCCCUGAGACCUGUGCAUGUAGAAGGGGGGUGGGGAUUUACGACGGCAAGGCAAUAUCAUGAAAUGCGGAUGAUGACAUCAUUGUUUUCUUAACAUUUGGUGGAUCUGGGCUUUUCCCGUUAUCUGACUUGGCUUACUUUGGUCUCUUGAUUUGUAUAGGAAGUAUUGUUUUGUCCAGCCCCUGAAACCUGAAUUGAAUGCUUGUAAUCUUGCCUCUAACUUCCCUGCAUUGAAGAACUGACUAACAGCAGAAGAUAAAUAUGAUAUAUAUAUACGUUUGUUUACACAUGUGUAUAUUUUGUGUAGCUUACUUGCCACUGUGCCACCCACAGUCCCGUUGGAUUGCUUGGACGCGUCUCUGAGCACGUUUUACCAGUGCUUUCUGUUCUUGUGGUUCCAAGUGGUACCCCACACGGUCUAAGCCAAGAACCUUGACCUGAUCCAUAUUUAGAGUGUGAUGUCCAUUUUAUUCCGAGCACUAUUCAUCUAUGUUUAGAUGUGACGAAAAAGAUAAUGUUUAGGAAAAUAUUGUGAGCAUUUGAAGAAUAUUAUCAUCAUUGUGUUUUUAUAGUUGUGUUGAAGGGAAUUCUAAAGAGUUUUGUAAUUGUCCAAUGCUGUUAAUUUGUGUUUACCAUCAUUGAAUUGUGAGUGUCGAUAUUGGUACUUUCUAAGUCAUUUCAUGAGCUGGCAAGCACUACUACAGGCAGCUCUUAUCCUAGAACCAGAAUAUACUAAUGUUUUUAAUAGAAAUAUAUAGAGCGGAAUAUACGUCCAGUGUAACUAAUACAUAACUUGCCAUAAACAGCCAUUAUCUUCAUUGUUUGUUUCUUUCAUUAAUGCCAAUUACGUGUUUCAAUGGUUUACAAUGAUGGGUUUCUGAGCUCCUCUUGCCUGCCCUCUGCUUUUGAUGGUAUGGUUAUUUGACCUGUGUGAUCCUUUUACAAUGUUUGCUGUGCCCUCCUGAGAAAAAAAUUCCAUAGAUAUACCUACCUAUUAUCGCUUCUUCAUUGACAUGUUGGAAAAUGCUAAUUGUUAAAUGAGUUGAAUGCAAUGUGUUAAAAAAAGCUAAAGACUACUGGAUCAAUGAUCAGGAAAUGGUGACAUAACAUUUUCUUGAUACAGAGGACAUAUAGUGUAAUGAUAGUGAUAUAGUAAUUUGAUGCAAUUUUAUUUAAGGUAUCUUAUUUUAUCAUGGUUUUGAUGAUGAGCGGCUAUAGUUAUAAAUGGUAUGUUGUUUUGAUGUGGCCAUUAAAUUUUGCAACGCAUGGUUUAAUGGUUAAGGUCUCUUGUACAUACACUUAAAUAUGUAGUAUAAAUCUUGACCUUUAUGUUGUAGCAUGGUAAUACUUGUGUGUCUGAAAGAAAACAAAGUGGGUCAUUGAUCUGAUUUGCUGUUGGUAAAAUAAAUGUUCUUGAACAUU